CCCAGGAUCUUUUUUUUUCCUAUUCCAGCUGUUGUAGCACCAAUGCGUAUAAUCACUCUGGCAAGGAUUUGAACCUGAGCGGACAGCAAAGAGUUAACGCAAAAGAGGAAAUCCUAUCUGGUUGGACACACUGAGAAAUGCGAUUAUACUGCCUCAGUUUAACACUGGCGAGCGGACGGGUUGCGCACUAUGCGAUCCGCCUCAUAGAGAGAGCUUAUUAAGCAAGGUUAUCAUUACAAGCGAUUCCUCUGUGCCUCAAAACAAAGCGAGCGAACUAGAGUAGCCAUUAUUAUUGCUGGGACAGAACUGAGGUUUUCAGCAGGAUGUCGGCUGCCCCUGACAGAACACACACUGGGCCGAGAACACGCUUUCAGAACGGACUGCAGUUCGGCGGCCAGCAGCAGGUGAAUGGCCAGGUGCGCCUUCACGUGUGACAGCGGGACGUGUUAACGCGAUUAGCGACUGUUUUUACUGAUCUGCUACUCCACUUGAAUUCAAAGAAGAAUAGACAAAUCAAUGCGUCACUGGACCAUGAAGCACCAUCAUCAGUUGUUCAGGUGUUUUUGGCGAACUCUCGUCACUGUUCUUCUGUUUGAAGGCACCCCGCUCAUGAUGUUCAGGGCGUCCCUCACUCUGACCCUAAACAGGGAUGACAGCAGCUUCACGCGGAUAACUCACUCCUUUCACAAUGUCACAAGUUCUAGAAGAGAGCUGAAGCCUCUAGCGAAGACAAGGCCGUUUGCUGUUGUUGAUGGACUUAGGAAAAGCCUAAGUGAUGUUUUACAGAAUGGUCACCCUGACAGAUUGCAGUGUGGUUUACAAGUGGGAAGCAGCUUGUAUAUCUUGGACCUGGAGAAAAACCAAGAUCUUUUGCCAAAGCCGCCUAACGUCUUCUUCUACCUGCCAAACGGAACUGGGGUGUCAAUGAAGGAAAACCCAGUGAUGCAUUGUUACUAUCAUGGUUCAGUGCAAGGUUUUCCUCAGUCCCGUGUGGCACUCAGCUCCUGCUCUGGGUUACGGGGAGUGAUAGUCAUUAACACCACACUGAGCUUUGAGCUGCAUCCUGAGGAAGAAAAGCAUGAAAAAGAAGAAGGGAGCGGAGAAAUGGAAGAAGGAUGGAUGCAUGUAAUCUACCCUACACAUUCGCAAACAUCCGAGUCUAGAGACUGUGGAGUAUCACAUACCUCUAUUCCUCCCAUUCAGAUCAUCCCACACACAUACAGGAGUAAGAGAGACAUUCUUUCAGAGACCAAAUACAUUGAGCUGGUGCUGGUGGCGGAUCAUAAAGAGUAUGUGAAUUAUCAGAAGAAUAAUAAAACCAUAAUUUACCGCAUGUUGGAUGUGGCAAAUCAAGUGGACUGGUUCUACCGGCCACUGAAUGUACGUGUGGCUCUGCUGGGUUUGGAAAUCUGGAGUGACCAGGACAAAAUUAAAGUGGAUAAAAACCCUACUGAAACACUAAACCGCUUUCUGGAUUGGAGGACCAAGGAGCUUCUACCACGACUGCGGCAUGACAACGCACAGCUCAUCAUGGGUGAAUCAUUUGAUGGGACGACAGUCGGUAUGGCAUCUCAGUCCUCCAUGUGCUCAAAGGAUCGGUCAGGGGGAGUGAAUGUGGAUCACCUGGUAAGCGUUUUAGGUGUGGCAUCAACGGUGGCACACGAGUUGGGUCACAACCUGGGAAUGAGUCACGAUACGGCCGACAGGCGUUGUCAGUGCCAGAACGAGCCUCGGCUUGGGGGCUGCAUCAUGGAGCCCUCUACUGGGUUUAUGCCCGGUCAGCUCUUCAGCAGCUGCAGUGAACGGGAUCUCUCUCUCAGUCUACUGCAUGGUGGUGGAAUGUGCCUGUUUAACGUACCUCAGCCAGAAAGUCUUCUGGGAGGUCCGCGCUGCGGGAACCUGUACAUAGAGAAAGGAGAGGAGUGUGAUUGCGGCCUGCUGGAUGAAUGUAAUGAUCCUUGCUGCAAUGCCAGCACGUGUAAACUGGUUCCUGGGGCCCAGUGCUCUUCUGAUGGCAUCUGCUGUGAGAACUGCAAGCUGCGUGUGGCUGGGUCGGUGUGUCGGGAGCCGCUGGGAGAGUGUGAUUUGCCAGAGUACUGCACCGGCACUUCGCCCUACUGUCCUCCUAAUGUGUUUCUUCAGAACGGAGAGUCAUGCAAGGACGGGUCCUCCUACUGCUACAGCGGCGUGUGUGCCAGUCUGGACGAGCAGUGCCAAAUGCUCUGGGGACCGAACUCCACCCGCGCUCCAGCUAUCUGCUUCUCCUCUGUGAAUAAGCAGGGCAAUAAGUACGGAAACUGUGGCCAGAUGCCCAACGGUUCCUACAUCCCCUGUUUGAAAGGGGAUGUGCACUGUGGUAGAAUCCAGUGUCAGGGUGGAAAUGGUCGUCCUUUGCUGGGCUCCAACGCUGAGAUUCUGACCACAACGGUCAAACUGAACCAGAGUGACUUUACCUGCCGGGGCGCCUAUUUUAAUCUGGGUGAUGAUGUUUCUGACCCAGCCAUGGUGUCACAGGGGACGGCCUGUGGGCCCAACAAGGCAUGUGUAGACCAACAGUGCCGGGAUGUGUCCAUGUUUGGUGUUGAGGAGUGCCGCACGAUGUGCAAUGGCCAUGGGGUGUGUAACAGUAAUAAGAACUGUCACUGUGAUGAAGGCUGGGCUCCUCCUGACUGCAGAUACUCUGGAACGGGUGGCAGCGUGGACAGCGGCCCUGCACGAGAGCCCAGAGAUUCGGAUCCUGCGCGGGUGGCUCUGCUAGUCAUUUUCCUGUUUGUGUUACCGGUCUCGCUGCUGUUUGUUGCACUCCGUUUCCCCCGCUGUCGACGAGGCCUUGUGUACCUCGGCCACACCCCCUUCAACAAAACCCGACAGAGCCGGACUCCUGCCAUGGAGCUUACAAAUGCUCGAAAUGGAGAUCAGGUGCAGCCGCUUAGGUACCAGUGGCCCCACCAGAGUGACAUCCCUCUCACCCAGGCUAUCAGCAAGGUCCAAAACAGGCCUGCUGCUCCAACUAAACCUCUUCCACCUGAUCCUGUCAUUAAACCCGCUCAGUUGACGGGGCAUUGGCCUGCCCCUCCUACCAAACCCCUCCCUCCUGACCCCAUCCCCUCAGAGAGCAAGAUGCAGUGCAAGCCCACAGGAGCACGACCGGCUGCACCAAGCAAGCCUCUCCCUCCUGACCCUGUCCUCUCUACCCGACAGAACCCUGUUCCCCCCAAACCUCCGGUUCCCAGGAAACCACUGCCUGUGGAUCCUUCUUCUCACCCUCACCCUCCUCCCCCGCCACAUCUGGGACCUGCAGGACCUGCCGCAUCUUCAUCAGCUUACUCACGUAACCCUACAUCUGCUGCUGCUCCAGCCAGACCUGCUCCUCAUCCGCCUUUAAGAAGACAGCAGUACCCUGGGAAACCACAUGCUCCUCACCAAGUAUAGUCAGGAAGGAAACACUGGCCCAGUUGCAAAUUUUUUCAGCAUUUUGUCUUGUUUAACAGUAAAAAUAUGUGUCCUUAAAACAAGAUAAAUUUUAGAAGCAAAAUUACAUAUUAAGGCUUAUUUUUAAAGAAUAUUUUCUGAAUAUAUAGGUUAUAAUAUAUAUACCCCAUAUAUUUAUAUACAAAUAUAAAAAUACACUACCAAUCAGAAGUUUUUGAAUAGUAAUAUUUUAAUGUUUUGUAAAGAAUACUCUUCUGCUUUCCAAGUCGGCAUUUAUUUGAUCCAAAACACAGCAAAAGUAGUACUAUUGUGAAAUAUUUUUACUAUUUAAAUGCUGUUCUUCUGAACAUAAUAAUGAUAAAAAAUGUUUUUUAGCAGCAAAACAAAAUGUUACAAUGAUUCCUGAAGGAUCAUGUGACUGGAGUAAUAAUGCUAAAAAUUCAGCAUUGAAAUCACAGGAAUAAAUUACAAUUUAUAAUAUAUUCAAAUAGAAAACAGUUAUUUUAAAUAGUAAAAAUGUGUCAAAUUUUAACUGCUUUUGCUGUACUUUGGAUCAAAUAAAUGCAGGCUUGGUGAGCAGAAGAGACUUUUUUUUUUUUUUUAACUUACUGUUCAAAAACUUUUGACUGGUAGUGUAUAUAAUAAGGUAAGGGGAAGAAAUGUAAGAUUUAUGCUUUGACUCUAUCUCAGAGAAGAUUAAAAGGGAUAGUUCGCCCCAAAAAGAAAAUUCUGUCAUUAAUUUCUCACCCUCAUGUCGUUCCAAACCCAUAAGACAAAUUAAGAUAUUUUUGAUCAGAUAUGGGAGGUUUCUGACCCUGCAUAGACCUCAACAUACCUACCACAUUCAAGGCCCAGAAAAUUAAAGUCAAAGGUUGAACCACAAAUGUCACACGGACAAUUUUAUCGAUGUCCUUACUACCUUUCUGGGCCUUGAACCUGUCAGUUGCGUUUCUGUCUAUGCAGGGUCAGAAAGCUUUCGGAUUUUAUCAAAAAUAUCUUAAUUUGUGUCCUGAAGAUGAACGAAGGUCUUACGGGUAUGGAACGACAUGAGGUUUAAGAUUUAUUCUCUGACUCUAUCUCAUUCAGUUUUCCUUCUCAUGUAGAUUUAUUUUAAGAAUUUUUAUGGCUUCUUAUUUUUACUCGGAAACAAGACAAAAACCAAUGAUUGAGAAAAAGAUCUGAACCCAAUGUGGGACACUACAUGAUGUAUACUUGCACAAUUCUUUUUGCACUGACCAUGAGUGAGGAUUCUGCAGGGUGAACAUUAACACCUAUACAGACCUCUGUUGCUCUGCAUCUGGAUCAGAACUUCAACUUACAACUCAUCUUGAGGCUCGCUGGGCCAUCGGUGAAAUUACAGACUCCAGUGAAGAUGAAAGGAUGUUAUAAGUCUGAAGAACUUUUUAGGAGUGGACAAAAGUGGAUAUACAUUCCUUGUGCGAUUCAGAUGCUCAGUACAACGCAUGGAAAUAGGAUAUGACGAGAUGAUGCCUUGAGGAAGGAGUCCUGAUUUCUUUCUCUGAGAUGCUGUAUGCAUGCUCAAUUUGCCUGCCUAUAGAUGACCUGAUCGUUUUUUACAGAACCUCUUUGGUGCCUAAUUACUUUGACACACGACAUUUCAUCAAUGAUUGUUCUAACACAAUCGCACCAAAACUGAAUUUCAGAAUGCUGAAAAUGUUCUCGUAAAUUCUGUUCGGUGUUUUACAUUCCAUUUAUCAUCAGCUGGUCUCAGUACAGACAAUAGCGUUGGACAAACACACAUUCUCUGUAAAGUCUUUACUGUAAACUAACGUCUUAUAUCGGUAUCAAGACAGUUUAGAUUGUGAUUGUAAUUGCUGCUGCAGGGACAAAGCUGGCUGGUUGGAGGAUGAAGAUGACGAUCAAAAGACUGAUGAAGGUAUAUUUAAGUGUAUUUUGAAAUAUGCAGUAUUUUUAAUGCAAUAAACAUGGGAUUUAUUUUUA